AUGUCUGACGAAAAGGAGACCGGCAAGGAGACCGUGGAUUACACCCUGAAUAACCCCGAUACUCUCACCAAGUACAAGACUGCGGCUCAGAUCUCCGAGAAGGUCCUCGCCGAGGUCUCCAAGCUUGUCGUUCCUGGCGCAAAGAUCGUCGACAUCUGCCAGCAGGGUGACAAGCUGAUCGAGGAGGAGGUUGCCAAGGUAUACCGAGGCAAGAAGGUCGUCAAGGGUUUCUCCCACCCCACCACUGUUUCGCCUUCUUCCUAUGUUACCCCAUACACCCCAUUGACAUCCGACGAGGCUGAGGCUGCUACGGAAAUCAAGGCCGGAGAGGCCAUCAAGAUCCAGCUCGGUGCCCAGAUCGACGGAUUUGGCUCCAUUGUUUGCGACACCGUUGUCGCUGCCGAGAAGGCCGACGAGGUCAUCACUGGCAGGACUGCAGAUCUGCUCCUGGCCAACUACUAUGCCAAUGAGCUUCUUCUCCGGCUACUGAUCCCUCCCGGACUGCUGGCCCAGGGUACCGACGAGGAGAAGGCUAAGGCCGCUGCCCAGAAAGCUCCUACCCAAUCCAAGAUCACCAGCCUGCUUGAGAAGGUCACCGAAGCUUACGAGACCCACCUUGUCGAAAGCACCACCUCAUGGCUAUUCGCUCGUAACGAGAUUGAGGGUACCAAGAAGAUUGUGCUUGCCCCUGCCGAAGGCACCAAGGGUGAUGGUGUUCCCGAACUUGGCGAGGUGUGGGGUGUCGAGAUGGGUGUUAGCUUGGGAUCUGGAAAGGUCAAGUCGAUCGACCAGCGAGCUACUCUCCACCGCCGAACCACCCAAACUUACGGUCUUAAGCGUCCUACUUCUCGCAAGGUUCUCUCCGAGGUCCAGAAGAAGUUCGGAACCUUCCCCUUCAGCUUGAGACAGCUGGAGGAUGAGCGUGAUGCCAAGUCUGGAGUUGUGGAGUGUGUCCGUGGCAAUGUUUUCCGUCAGUACGAGAUCAUUGGCGACAAGGAGGACUCCCCCGUCGCUAGGUAUUUGACGACUCUCGCCCUCACCAAGAAUGGUAUCACCAAGCUUGGAGGCCCCCCUCCCCUAGAUCUCUCCAAGGUCCAAUCGGACAAGAAGAUCACGGAUGAGGAAGUGCUCAAGAUUCUUGAACAACCCUUGGCAAGAAACACCGGAAAGAAGAACAAGAAGAAGAAGACCAAGAAGGAAGGUGGCGAGGAAUAA